AGAUCUGCGAGAUCCCAGGGUCCACACAAAACCAGGACUUCUAAACUCAGGCCUCUGAGUUUCGCCCUCCAAGACGUCCUCAGCUUAUUCCCACAUCCGGGUGAGUAGUGGCGCUUGGCCAAUCAGUGCUUGGCGUCCGUAGCCACGGCAACAGGCUGAGUUCCGCAGUGCAACCCUGAAAUUCAGAGUUCAGGGCUGUGUUCGGAAGCCUGGAAGCCUCGCAGCGCCGCCAGCAUCUACACCCGCCUAGGUUAUGGUCGAGUCCUACGAUGUCUACGACCGCCUGUGUUCAGCGUGCUCGGGCAGCAGUUUCCUGGGAGUCGGGAGGUUGUGUGAGCUUCUGAGAUGUCCACACCCGGCCCUGUUGCCAGGGUUCUGCCAGCCUGAGACUCUGGAGCAUGAUGACAGUGCCAGUGUGGCUCCUGCCUUUGAUCCCGAGCCGGUCACCGCCCACUGCUUCAAGCAGUUCAAGCAGGAGGACUUCUGCCUGCUGCAGAGCCGCCGGCGGGUCCUCAUCGUGCCUGCCCAGCAGGGGCAGCCAGCCAUGGAUCCCAAGCCCCGGCCUCCACCACUCCCACCAUGGGCCCCCAGUGUCAGAGUCCUGGGUGCUGGGGACAUCCCCGAGCAGAGGGAGGACAGGGCGUCCUGGCUGCACCAGAGGGCAAAGCUGCGGAAGGAGCUGGAGGCCCUGGGGGACAUGACGCGGUGGCUGGAGAACAAGCCCAGCAUCACCCCCUCGGAGGCCAAGAUCCUGCGCAUGCUCCACGAGGAGCAGAAGGCCCAGCUCAUGGGGGAGGUGACCAUCACCACAGCCACCAAGAAAAGAGCCCCCCGACGAGUGGUGCCCCAGCUACGGCUGCCCAAGCCACCGGCCCUGUCAGCCCUGUACACCUACCUGCGCAGCCGCAAGAUCCAGGUGCUGGAGCUGUUUGCCAAGGGCCUGGGCACACAGCAGAGAGUCCCCCGGGAGGAGUUCCUCACUGCGCUGAGGAUGGUUGGGGUCCCCCUGAAGGAGCAGGAGAUGGAGGACGUGGUGAUCUACCUGAGCUCCCUCGGGAAGCACCGCGACAUCACCAUGGAGACCCUGGCCAGUACCUACAAGCAGUGGUCUCUGGCCCAGCUGAGGAGCACGACGGUGCCCACGCUGCACAAGUGCUUUGGCCCGGCCCAGGUCACGACAACCCCGCAGCCCUGCAGGAAGCACCUGCUCAUGGUGCCCGAGGUCCCUGUGCCUACGGAGGCGCGGCCCCUGACGCUGGAGGAGAUGGAGGAUGUGGGCAAGCACUACCGCGAGCGCAGGCGGCAGCAGAAGCUCCCCAUCCCCUCCAUCCAGUACACAGAGAGCUGCCGCAUGGUGCGCAGUGGGGACCAGCGCGUGGACCAGCACUGCCUGCCAUCCACAGUGGUGGGUGAGAGCCGGGAGCUGCUGGAUGCAGCCCGCAUGGAUGGCUUCCUGCUCUACAUGCGCUGUGGGCAGCAGUGUGUGGCCCCAGGCCUGCCAGUGACCAAGGAUGUCCUCACCCGUGCGCUGCUGUACCCGGGGGACAGGAUUGUCCUGCAGAACACCCAAGUGCGCCCCAUCCGGCAGCCCGGAGGCUUCUACUCUGACUGGAGGGCUCUGACCCCACAUCUGGCCACACACAGGACACAGGGCCUGAGGCUGGGUCCCCAGAAGAGUGACAAGAAGACACCCAAGGAUGGCAGGAAGGUGCCCUUUAAAGAAGCACAGAAGGGCACCAGAAAGCGGAAGGCGAGGAUACUUGGGGGCCCCCAGUGCACCCACCCCAACGUCUUCUGGCCAGGCCACCUGCUGGACAAGCUGCGGCUGUGCCUGCCCACAGAGGCCAUGGACCGGAGCCUGGCACUGUUCAGCUGUGUCCGGCACAAGCGCCACGCCUACCAGGCCACCUACCACCCUGACCGCUGGUGGCCCCUGAGGGAUGAGAACUACAUGACCCGUGCCUACUAUGAUUCCCCCAAGGUGUAUGCCAUCAACUAGGGUGGCUGGUGUGCACAAAGGGUCUGGCCAUUCUACAGGUGCUGUGUCCCUGUCCCGAAGGAGUAUCCCUGCUGCUCCUCUGGCCUUGACCUUUUCAAAUAAACCAGCAAGAGCUUCCGCCACAUGACCUCAGUCCCAGCCUAUGCAACUCCAAGCUCCCACCUGAGGGGAUGCAGUGGGCACUUUCCCUCUGACACCAACAGGGAGUCGCCCUGGGUGGCAUGGUGGCAGCCUGUCCCUCACGCCAAGGCUGAGCCCCUUGGUUCUUGCUCCCGUCUCUUGGGGUUUCAGAGGCUGGGGGUGCCUUUGGUUCGGGAGCCCUCCUAGCCAGUCCAGCCCUCUCCUUGUGGGCACAGCACGUGAGCUGAGUUAGCAGGGAUUCCAGCCCUAUGUCCUAUGGACCACACACAGCCCCAGGACAAGCAAGCCAGGUGUGAACCGGGUGUGGUGCACAUGCCUGGAAUCCCAGCAUUUGGAAGGGUGAAGCAGGGUUGUUGUGAGUUUGUGGUCAACCUGGACUACAUAGUGAGAUACUGUCUUAAAAAACAGCCAAAACAUCCACCAACAACAAAAGACUCACUAGUGGUACCUGUAUUGUGUUUGAGUUGAGGAACCAA